CCCCGGCACUUGCAUUUUGGUAACAGACCGAACUAUACGUACUAUAGAUAAGUGUGGUACAAGUUCUUUCCCCCAGUUUGGUGACAGCUCUCUUUUUGGUGACAACGUUCACGAGGCUCCAUUGUUGUAAAGCAGUCUGGUGUCCAUACAAGGAGAGAAGUGGUCGGUUGCGUUACGUUCAGUCGUCAACGUGUAGAGAGGUUGUUGGCGCACCUGAGCUGAGAUUUUGCAACGAGAAACCGCCCUCUUGACAUACCUAUUGGGAGAUGACUGAGGAAAACAGGGUUAUGAAUCCGGAGCAAGAAGAUGCUGAACAGGGCCAGACACAAAGCAAAGGGAGAAUCCAGGAGGCGAUGGACUUGGGGGGAACGGCGUUGGGGUUUCUCUUGGUGGGGUUCGCGCUGGUGUUCCUGGGCCUCACCGUCAUCUACAUGGCCUUAGGCAUCACCUACAUGUUCAGUUGCAGAGCGCAGCCCAUGAUCCCCAUGUGGCUCAUAGUACAUGGCGCAGUUUGCCUCAUUCUGAUUGUCUGGGGGAAAUCGGACAAGGAAAAUAAAACGGGGUUGGAGUACCUUAAGACAGCCUUGAAAGUGGUCCUUCUGGUGUUUGCCUUGUGUUGGUUCAUUGCAGGAAACGUGUGGGUGUUCGGGACAUUGGCCAAGAACCCGGACUUCGAGAACUUAAGGGACGAGAACAGCUGUCACAAGGGACUGUUAUAUUUUUCUCUCAUCUGCGGCGUCAUCUUCCCUUAUGCCAGUAUCGCUCUCGCAGUUAUCAUCGUGGUCUCUGUCUGGGUUUGUAAUCGCAUCGCCGCGAACAACCAAGUGUGAACUGAUCGUAGAAACUGAUCGUAGAAAAGGAAGAAUAUUUGGUGAUAGUAAGUUAUAUUUUAUAACAUGUGACAUAUUUUAUAUGCUAUAUGACAUAUUUCAUCUAUAUGUAAUUGUCAUAGCUAUCCAUUUUGAUUAAAAUGUAGCAUAUUUUAUGCAUAUGCAGUCGUCAUAGUUAUCAUUUUGAUCAAUCUGUGUUUUGUUGUUGCUCCGCAUAGUGCAAUAUGCAUGGAUAUGUCUAUGCGGAAGUGAUUACUGAUUUGCAAUCUCAGGGUCUGUGUUUGCAAGAUCUAGUUAAGCAGUUAUUAACACACGUGAGCAGGAAGUCAAUGGGUCCCGACAAACCAUACGCUCCGUAUAUCUAUCUAUCUAUCUGUCUAUCUACAUGCUUACAUAUACAUGCACACACACACACACACACACACACACACACACACACACACACACACACACACACACACACACACACACACACACACACACACACAAAUAUAUAUACACAUAUACAAUAUACAUAAAUAUAUUCACACGUUAGUUACAACAUUACAUUUUAAAAGUAAUGGCGUUAUCGUUACUUGCAUAAAAUGUAACUUAUUUACAGUUACCAUGAGCUUUCGGCUAAUAGAGUAAAUUAAUGGUUGUCAUUGUAAUAUAUCUUGUUUUGAGGGAGUUCUUUAAAGUGAACUAAAUACAGCAGAGUACCUUAUUAUAUUUUCUUUUCUCGCUUGCUGGCCAGUAAAGUGGUAUAAGUGUAAUAUAUAUUGUUCGAAGUCAGUCCAGAUGUAAAUUAGUAGAUUUAGAAUAUAUUUCCCUUUGAAUGCUUAAACAAAAUAUAAAUGAUUUUGCCAGUAAUAAUUCACAGAUGUAUAUAUUAUAUAUAUACAUCGUGAUUACGGUUUCAUAACCGAGAGAUGCCGAUUCGACUCUCCGUUUAAAGCAUCAGAAGUGUCUCUGAAUAUGGGUAUCCGAAGUGUCUCUGAAUAUGGGUAUACGAAGUGUCUCUGAAUAUGGGUAUCCGAAGUGUCUCUGAAUAUGGGUAUAAGAAGUGUCUCUGAAUAAUCUUGCAUAUUGGUUAUCCUUUGUAUAUUUCCUAUUAGAUAUACUUUUGUAUUCAUAGUUUGUUUUGAGGCACUUGGAAUGGUGUUAUGUCAUACAUGCAUGUAAAAAGACAUGUACAGUUUUAGACAUUCAUUGAUACUAUUUUGUGCCUGUAUAAUUCUGAAGAUUAAUAUUUUGUAUAUUUAUCUUUA